AUGAUAAGACAGGUGGUCGUCUUCCUGGUGGUGCUGUUACUUCCAGGCCUCAGUCACAGUUUCAAUCCAAAUUUUGGGUCAUCAGUCACUCAUCAAAACAUCACUGUGAGGGCGAUCCUCAGAAAGACUGCCGAGGUCUGCCGAGACAUUGCUGCUGCAACGAAUGGGAAUUUCACACUUACGAUUGAUGACAGCCUGUCAGUGAACACCGUCCUCCGUGCUUGUUCCACUGAUCCAAGCUCCAAUUCUCCUCUCUCUACUGACAACUUCCAAACUGCCAUUAAGACCAUUCACACACGAAAUUCACAUGUGGAUUUCUUCUUCGCCUUCUCAGCAGCACGUCAUUUUGACAAUGAAGCCUUCGAGGAAGGUCGGAAUAUCAUCACAGCAGAUUUGGAAAAGGUGAAGGCUAAUGUGAACAGUGGAAACUUUGAAGUUGGAAGGGAGACUCUUGGAGAGAUAUGUCACACCCUUCAGGAUUUCUACAGUCACAGUAACUGGGUGGAGCUUGGAAAAACCACUCCUUAUAGCACACUCAUCAGACGUGACCAGACUAUGGAAAACCUGGCUGGUAAAUGCAGCCAUGGCGGGUCUUUUGAUAAAACAAGUAAUGAGGAUCCUGUGGGCGGUAUCAAUAAGGAUACACGAAACUCCAACCAUGGCUUCCUUCACCAGGAAGCAGCAGAUCUGGCACUUGAUGCCACAUUGGAGUUACUGGAAGACAUCAGAGUUGCAGUUGGAGACAUGAACUUUCUGCGAUUGAUGGGUCUUUCCCAGUCCUCUCCUCUGUGUUUUGUGAUUGACACCACCAGCAGUAUGAGCGAUGACAUCGCUGCAGUUCGGGAGGCUACUCUUCGGAUUAUUGACAGCAGGACAGGAACACUGGCGGAGCCUUCUCUAUACAUUCUGGUACCUUUCAAUGACACAGGUUUUGGACCUUUGUUGAGGACAGCAGAUCCAGAUGACUUCAAAGCCAGUAUUAACAGACUCACUGCAAUGGAAGGAGGAGACAACCCAGAACUGAGUCUGUCUGGACUACGACUUGCUCUAUCUGCUGCUCCACCGGCAUCCAAUAUUUUCAUCUUCACUGAUGCUCCUGCCAAAGAUAUAACUCUGACAAACGCCGUCACAGCACUAAUAGAGAGUACAAAGUCUGUGGUAACUUUCAUGUUGACAGAUGUGUUUCCUGCUCGGCGUCGCCGCCGCCGCCAAAGUGAUGGUCAAAAUCCAUUGACACGUAGCCUGACCCAGGCACAGACCGAGCUAUACCGGGACUUAGCCCAGGCCUCUGGGGGUCAGACCAUCGAGGUCAGCAAGUUAGAUCUUACUCAGGCCACUGCUGUUAUAGAAGACCUAUCAGCCAACGCUGUGGUGACAGUUUUCCAAGCAACAGUUGAUCCAGGACGUCGUGACAAUUUCCCUUUUGCUAUUGAUGCAUCAAUCACUAACAUUAUCAUUUACAUAACAGGAGUGCAGGCAUCUCUCACCUUCAGACUCACCAGCUCAACAGGAGUAUCACAGAAUUCAUCUGAGCCCAGUGGUCCGUUGGCAACCUUCUCCACUGUGGGAAACCUUCGCCAGAUAAGCCUAAACAGCACUAAUGACACCGGAAUGUGGGAAAUCAGUGUUAACUCUAGUAGUCCAUACAUUGUUAAGAUCACAGGUUAG